AUGAAGCUCUCCAUCGUCUAUCCUGGCCUUGUACUAGCUACCACUGCUUCUGCUUCUACCAAGAAAUGCGCCUGGGGACGAUACAUCUUGUGCGAAUACGGCCAGAAUCUUGUCUACGAGAAAGGAAGACCCGCACUCAACUCUUGCAUAGGCAGGGAAAACCAUUUCGGAUAUUCCACCUUUGAUUGCCCGACUACCUUCAACGGCUCGCCCUUGUUCUAUGUGACGUGUCUUUCCCGGCUUGUGGGCGACAGUUAUUUCGGGUGCGGCUAUGAUGUAUCGAACAUUGGUGAGUGA